AUGGGCCGGCUGGAGCUGCUGCUCGUGGACAACUUCAAGUCGUGGCGCGGCCGCCAGGUCAUCGGGCCCUUCCGCAGGUUCACCUGCAUCAUCGGCCCCAACGGCUCGGGAAAAUCUAAUGUUAUGGAUGCACUUAGUUUUGUAAUGGGAGAGAAAACAGCUAAUUUAAGAGUAAAAAAUAUCCAAGAACUUAUUCAUGGAGCACAUAUUGGGAAACCUGUUUCUUCUUCUGCAAGUGUAAAAAUUAUUUAUUUGGAGGAAAGUGGAGAAGAGAAAACAUUUACAAGAAUUAUCCGAGGAGGAGGCUCAGAAUUUCAUUUUGGUGACAAUCCUGUGAGUCGCUCUGUUUACAUAGCAGAAUUGGAAAAGAUAGGCAUAAUAGUCAAGGCUCGCAAUUGCCUAGUUUUUCAGGGAACUGUUGAGUCUAUCUCAAUGAAAAAACCCAAAGAAAGAGCCCAGUUUUUUGAGGAAAUAAGUACAUCAGGGGAACUUACAGGAGAAUAUGAGGAAAAGAAAAGAAAGUUACAAAAAGCUGAAGAGGAUGCACAGUUUAAUUUUAAUAAGAAAAAAAAUGUAGCUGCAGAACGCAAACAUGCAAAAUUAGAGAAAGAAGAGGCAGAACAUUAUCAAGAUCUCCUUGAAGAACUGAAAAUAAACAAGAUACAACUGCAACUUUUCAAACUAUAUCACAACGAGAAAAAGAUUCACUUUCUGAACACUGAGUUAGAGCAUGUUAACAGGAAUUUGAGUGACACAAAAGAGUCUCUUUCUCAUCAUGAAAACAUAGUUAAAGCCCAGAAAAAGGAACAUGGGAUUCUAACUAGACAACUACAGCAAACAGAAAAAGAAUUAAAAUCUCUUGAAGCACUUUUAAAUCAGAAGAGGCCACAGUACAUUAAAGCCAAAGAAAAUACUUCUUACCACCUCAAGAAAUUAGAUGUGGCUAAGAAAUCAAUAAAGGACAGUGAAAAACAGUGUUCCAAACAGGAAGAGGACAUUCGCGCCCUGGAGUCGGAGCUGGCUGAUUUAGACAGCGCCUGGAAGAGCUUCGAGAAGCAGCUGGAGGAAGAACUCUUACACAAAGGGCGUGACAUUGAAUUAGAAGCCAGUCAGCUGGAUCGCUAUAAGGUACUUAAAGAACAAGUUAGGAAGAAAGUGGCUAUCAUGACCCAACAACUGGAAAAACUGCAGUGGGAACAGAAGGCGGAUCAAGAGAGACUAGCAUUCGAAAAGCGGAGAUGUGGAGAAGUAAAGGAAAACCUAAAACAAACAAAAGAACAAAUAGAAGAUCAUAAAAAGCGAAUAGAGAAGUUGGAGGAGUACACAAAAACAUGCAUGGAUUGCUUGAAAGAGAAAAAGCUGCAAGAGGAAACCCUAGUGGAUGAAAUUGGAAAAACAAAAUCAAGAAUAUCUGAAGUUAAUGAGGAGUUGAAUGUUAUUAGAAAUGAUUUACAAAAUGCUGGAAUUGAUAAUCAUGAGGGAAGACGUCAGCAAAAGAGAGCAGAAAUCCUGGAAAACCUUAAGAGACUGUACCCAGAUCUGUUGUUUGGAAGACUGCUUGACCUGUGUCACCCUAUCCAUAAGAAGUACCAGUUGGCAGUUACUAAACUUUUUGGCCGGUACAUGGUGGCCAUUGUUGUGGCCACGGAAAAGGUAGCAAGGGAUUGUAUUCGGUUCCUGAAGGAGGAGAGAGCUGAGCCUGAGACAUUCCUUGCUCUAGAUUACCUUGAUAUCAAGCCCAUCAAUGAAAGAUUAAGGGAGAUUAAAGGCUGCAAAAUGGUGAUUGAUGUCAUAAAGACUCAGUUUCCUCAGCUGAAGAAAGUGAUCCAGUUUGUGUGUGGAAACGGUCUUGUCUGUGAGACUGUGGAGGAAGCGAGGCACAUCGCGUUCGAUGGGCCUGAACGCCGGAAGACAGUAGCUCUUGAUGGUACAUUAUUUUUAAAAUCUGGUGUGAUCUCUGGAGGGUCAAGUGACUUAAAAUAUAAGGCUAGAUGCUGGGAUGAGAAAGACUUAAAGAACUUGAAAGACAGAAGAAGCCAGCUAAUCCAAGAGUUAAAGGAUUCGAUGAAGGCACUCCGAAAGGAAGCAGAUUUAAAACAAGUACAAACUCUCAUCCAAGGAACUCAGACACGACUCAAAUACUCCCAGAGUGAACUAGAAAUGAUUAAAAAGAAGCACCUUGCCGCUUUUCAUCGGGAACAAUCUCAGUUACAAAGUGAACUACUAAAUAUUGAGUCACAGUGCACUAUGCUGAGUGAAGGAAUCAAAGAGCGCCAGCAAAGAAUUGAAGAAUUUCAAGAGAAGAUUGACAAGGUUGAAGAUGAUAUUUUCCGACGUUUCUGUGAAGAAAUUGGUGUGGAGAAUAUUCGUGAAUUUGAGAAAAAACACGUUAAACAGCAACAGGAAAUUGAUCAAAAAAGACUAGAAUUUGAGAAACAAAAAACUCGACUUAAUGUUCAACUUGAGUAUAGUCACAAUCAGCUGAAGAAGAAAACGACUAAGAUAAACACAUUAAAAGAAACUGUCCAGAAAGGUAAAGAAGAGAUUGAAAACCUGAAGAAGGUUGAAGAAAACUGUCUGCAAAUUGUGGAUGAACUCAUGGAGGAGCGACAGAAGCUCAAGGCCCAGCUUGUCGCUCAGACUUCCGCCAUCGAGAAGGUGCAGGCCCAGAUGGAGGAGCAGCGGAAGCAGCUGUUAGCGGUUGACAGGGCCGUGGGGAAAUGUCAAAAAGAGGUCAUAGUCGUUCAGAGUUCCCUGGAACAGAAACGACUGGAGAAGCACAACUUGCUGCUUGACUGCAAGGUUCAAGACAUUGAGAUUGUCCUCCUGCUGGGGUCCCUGGAUGACAUCAUUGACGUGGAGCUGGGCACUGAAGCCGAGAGCUCCCAGGCCACAACAGACAUCUACGACCGGGAGGAUGCCCUGGAGGUGGACUACAGCUCCCUGAACAACGACUGGAAGGCUCUGGAGACCGACAAGGAGGUGGAGGCCCAGCUCCAACUCCUGCUGCAGCAGGUGACCGCGCACGAGGACAUUCUGCUGAAGACGUCCGCCCCGAACCUCAGGGCCCUGGAGAACCUCAAGACAGUCCGGGACAAGUUCCAGGAGUCCACAGACGCUUUUGAGGCCAGCAGAAAGGAAGCCAGGAUAUGUAGACAAGAGUUUGAACAUGUGAAAAAAAAGAGAUACGAUCUUUUCAGCCAGUGUUUUGAACACGUCUCGAUCUCCAUCGACCAAAUCUACAAGAAGCUCUGCAGAAACAACAGUGCCCAAGCAUUUCUGAGCCCCGAGAACCCGGAAGAGCCAUACUUGGAGGGAAUCAGCUACAACUGUGUGGCGCCUGGCAAAAGGUUCAUGCCAAUGGACAACUUGUCAGGGGGAGAAAAGUGCGUGGCCGCCCUGGCGCUGCUGUUUGCCGUGCACAGUUUCCGGCCUGCUCCAUUCUUUGUUCUAGAUGAGGUGGAUGCAGCCCUGGACAAUACUAACAUUGGCAAAGUAUCAAGCUACAUCAAAGAACAGACUCAGGAGCAGUUCCAGAUGAUUGUCAUUUCCCUGAAGGAGGAAUUCUACUCCAAGGCAGAUGCGCUGAUCGGCAUCUAUCCUGAGCACGGCGACUGCAUGUUCAGCCAGGUCCUCACCCUGGAUCUCUCUCAGUACCCUGACACAGAAGGCCGGGAGAGCCGGGAGAGCGGCAGGAGACAGCGCCAGUCCCGUUAG